AUGGUUCAGUCUACCCAAAUAGCACGGCUCGAUGGCCUUAUGCUGGCAGCUUCAGUGGAUGACGAGCAGGUCGAAAGCGAGCUGGCCGAAGUCAAGUCACAAGCAAAGAUGAUCUUCCGCCGAUUGAAUCGCAACUCUGAACCACAAGCUAGCAUAGAAUCUGGCCAAUACACUUUACACUACAUAAUACAAGAUUCAAUCUGUUUCCUCUGCAUCUGCUCCAAGUCUUACCCACGAAAACUGGCGUUCACUUACCUCUCCGACCUUGCGACUGAGUUCACCACCACUUACCUUGCGACACAGUACCAUUCGCCUACCUUGCGUCCGUAUGCUUUCGUUGAGUUCGAUACUUUCAUUCAGCGCACUAAAAAGACGUACCAAGAUUCCCGGGCAUCUGCGAACCUGGACAGGCUGAAUGAUGAGUUGAAGGAUGUGACGAAGGUGAUGACAAAGAAUAUUGAGGAUCUCUUGUAUCGUGGAGAUAGCUUGGAGAGGAUGGGCGAGAUGAGUGGCAGGUUAAGAGAGGAUAGUAAGAAAUACCGGAAGGCCGCCGUGAGGAUAAAUUGGGAAUUGCUCUUGAAACAGUAUGGCCCUUUUGCAGCUCUCGGCUUUAUUAUGAUUGUAUUCAUCUGGUGGCGGUUCUUUUGA